UUAGCUGGACAGGAGACGUGGCAGCAAGAGACUUGAGUGCAUGAAAAGGAGUUUUGUCCAACUGCAAUGUGGCCUAUUACACCUGUGUGGCUUCUAGAAACGUUGGUGGUCGGUUUGAAACUACUGAAACAAUUAAAAGUUCAGUUGGUGAGUGAGUUUUAUGGGCACGAGGAAUUCAUAGUAAGAUGGAUUAAUAGAAAAGAGGAGACGGUCAUGACCGAGUUUAAUAAAUAGGACAGUAAUCUGAACAUCAUAGCGAAGCAUCCAACCAGUGUUUGUGUAUCAGGUACCAGACACUGUAUUUGCUUGUUAGUUGCUGGAAAUGUGUUUCAGAGAGAAAGGACAUGACGGGAGACAUUAGAAAGAGUUGAGCUAAGAGGAGCAAGAGUAAAGUCAAAGUGGACAAGAUAGAAGAUGAUUAGUCAGAACACCAAACAACAAACUGAUGAGAUUUUAAAAAACGGCCAUGCUGGACGAUGUAGGAGUUAGUUAACUCCAGGAGAUGGCAGUAUUGCAACAUCAAGGAUGCAAACUGCCGUUAAACCCCAAAGAAAAACAACAAGAAGAAGACGCUUUACUGCGACGUCAUCAAACGGCGACCGUGUUGUGUCAACACAAACCGAAGCUAACAGCGAAGAGUGAAGUUUGGACCUCCACUCCUCUCGCCUUCAACGUUGUCAAGUGUUUGGCUCUGCAGAACUCGAUGAGAAGCAGCUUUCUGCCAGUGCUGUUUCAUACGUGCUGCUGCUGCUGCCAGGAUGGGCCAGCAGCUCUCAGGUCAGUCGGUGAUGACCCGUCUGCCUGAGAAGCUGGUGAAACACGCCGGACUGGUGCGUGACAGCGGCUACCUGACCUACGAGGAGUUUCUGGCCAGGGUGUCCGAACUCAACGACGUAACGGCCAAGCUUGCUACUGGACAGCAGAAGCACCUGCUGUUUGAGGUGCAGCCAGGAUCCGAUGCCACGGCCUUGUGGAAGGUGGCUGUGAGGGUCCUCUGCACCAAGAUCAACAAAGAGAGCGGUACGAUGGAAGCGUCGCGCAUCAUGAACCUGUACCAGUUCAUCCAGCUGUACCGUGACAUCACCAGCCAGGCCGCCGAGGUGCUGUCUGCAGAGGGUGCCACCGAAGGCCCGUCGGCCCAGCUGUCCUCCACCGACUCCUGCCAGGCCAGCAUGUGGAUGGGCAGAGUGAAGCAGCUGACGGAUGAGGAGGAGUGCUGCAUCUGUAUGGACGGAAAGGCCGACCUCAUUCUGCCCUGUGCACACAGCUUCUGCCAGAAGUGCAUUGAUAAAUGGAGCGGGCGGAGCCGAAACUGUCCCAUAUGUCGCCUGCAAGUGACCGCUGCCAAUGAAUCGUGGGUAAUGUCUGAUUUCCCCACAGAGGACGACAUAGCCGGCUACAUCCUCAACUUGGCGGAUGAGGCGGGUCACCCGCACAGGCCUUAACACACAGCACACUGAGCCAAUGAGGUGACAGGAGGAGUCGACUCGCACCAAGUACACACGGACAUGUUGCAACACAAAAUGUCCCUUUCACCGAGGAGGAGAUUUGUCUUAAUAAAAGCUAACGACACAGACGAAACCAGCAGGGUUUCCUCCUCCUUUUGUUCCUCGCGACAGGUUUGGAAAAUUAAACCUUUGUCUCUUUUAAGUCCUUACAAAAAAUAUUCCAGGAUGCUCUUUGUAACCCACGUAUUGUAGAUGUGGUGCUUUAUGGGAAAUGUGUGUGAUAAUACGUAAAAAAUCCUGUAUUUGUGGUAUGUUAUAAUAAAUUAUAAUCUAUUAAGUUAACACACAUCAACCAAAAGUACAGGUCUUACAGUAUUUUUUGGGUUUAAUCAACAUGGGUGAGGAAGACUUUAUGAUAUGAACCCUUUCAUGUUGAUGUGACAGAAGCUGAGACAAAGGAGGUCGGCCCUCAGAAUCACAGAGGGCUGGUGAGUCUGACUCUGAUAUUCAUAGUUGUGAAAUUCAAAUAAAUAGUAAAAAAAAUGAGCUUAUUCACUUUCUUUUGGAUCGUUAGAUGAGAAGAUUGUUGUGAGAGGCAUCGAUCGUCUCAUCUCGCUCUCCGGCAGAAAGUGAAUUUGUUCCCCAAAAUGUUCUAACGCACUCGGAGUUUCUGGUCAGACUGUAAAACCAACUUUAUUUCCCACCAGUGAAGCUGUUCUGUGGUCUGUGCGACGUAACCCCGCAUGUUUAUACCCUACAUGACACACCUUACGUUACGUGAACCUGUGAUGAACGGACGCUCUGAUCCCGUUCAGGACAUACGACUCAUUCUUCUGAGUGUACAUAACUAAAGAGUUUGAUAUGAUUUUAAACUACUUUGCUUGCUGUGGUGUCUUUUUCGCUGUCGGAAAUAACCACGAUUUUGUCACCUAUGCUUUUCUCAUCUUUUUACUUUGUAUAUAUUUGUAUUAAGGUUUAUUUUAAUGUGAUUGCUGUAGAAGUACUGUAGUUUACAUAACCCGGUCUCUUGUCAUGCAUGUGGUUGAAGAUAACUGAUUUAUUGAGAUGAGCAGCUUUCCAGUUACAAAUGAACUCUUGUAUAAUUAAAGUUAUGUUGAAUUUAAGAAGUUUUAUUUUGAAUAAGUAUUUCACAUAAAUCAUCCACAGCACCUUUCAGUUGAGAGACCGCUGGUUGUGGUUUAUGAGAACUGAAAUAUAAGACGUUAUUUAAAGUUGUAAAAGUAUAGAAAGCUAAUUCAGCAUUUUGUUGUGUGACAUUCAGCGAGUUCAUCAGUUUCAUAUUUAGCUAAUUUUAACAGAUUCUUCCAAAUAUGAGACGAUGACCUCAGUUCUUCAACACUAACGUAAUGAAAGCUGUUUCACUUUGCAGAGUAGAUGUUUCCUUAAUAGAUGUGUGGUUCCUCUUCAUUUAUAACAGACCAUAAACAUGUGAACUUUAAGUUGACCAGAAGUAACUUUUGGUUGUCGAAGCUGAAAAAUUGCACUUUGUAACCUCACUGUAGCUUUCUCUCUCUCUCUCUCUCUCUCUCUCUCUCUCUCUCUCUCUCUCUCUGUGUUUGUGCUGCAACAACGGAGGAUGAGAUAUGAUCUGACAUUGUAAUCCUUUUACAGCAGUACAACAACAAAUAUGCAGCAGCAGGAGAUGUUCAAAACGUAUAAACUAAGUUGUAAGAAUGAGAUGAACUUCCAGAGUAGAUUAAAAACAUUUGAUCCCACAGAUGUACGUUGUGUGUGAAUCUGCUGAAUGGAAGGUGUAUUCAGAUUGAAUUGAUUCAUACUGUAUUGUAUUAUCCUUAAUAAAGAGAUACUCACUUUUU